UUUCCUCCCACACCCCAAAGACGUGCAGGGUUGUCGGUUAAUUUGGCUUUCAUAAAAUUGUAAAUUGUCCCUAGUGUGUUGGAUAAUGUGAGUGCGCCGUUAGUAUGUGAUCGUUGGUCGGAGCGGCCUCGGUGGGUCAAAUGGCCUGUUUCCAGGACAGUGUCUAAGAACAGGGAUCUGAUUCUCCAGGCUUCUCGUCUAGUUUGCAUCUAACCUCGUCGUCCUUUCCGCACUCAAAGACCACUGAGGAAUUGACACCAAGUUGCGGGCGUCAGUCGCUCUUGAAACGAUACAUCGCUGCAGCGGAGAGUUCACUUCAAAACUUUAAGUUAUUCAACUUUGUCGAAUUCGAGAGGGGAGCCAUUUCAGUGUUAUAACUCAUCCGUGGACGGAAGAAACCGCUGUCGAAAUAUCUUCAACAGUCCAAAUCAUUUGUUGGAACAAGUAUAUUUAUUCGUUCGAAUCCACCUCUUCUUUGGCUGGGAAUUUUUUUCUUUUUAAGAUAGAUCUCAACUCUAAACGUUGUCUGUCCAUUCCCUCCACAGAUGCUGCCUGACCCGCUGAGUUACUCCGGCACUUAGCGCUUUGCUCAAGACUCCAGCAUCUGCGGCUUUUGGUGUCUCCUCUUAUUUGAUUAACGACGCGUUGAUCAGAAGACAUAAUGCGGACAUUAUGUUAAUAUGGAGCAAACUGCAAGUGAGAAUGACAUUGUUCUGUUUGGGACCUAUGACAAUAAAACAACUCUGACUCACUCUUGAUUAAUAUAUAUCAUCUGGGUAGUAUUAUUGAUCUGAUUUGCCUGCGUAGAAAUAAUCUUUGUUAACAAUAUUGUAGGUGAAUUGAUUCAAAAGUGUUUGGUUUAGAAGGAACGGCAUUUGGAUAUGGAGGUGCCAGGUAUUGGCACUCAGGGUAACUUGUCCACCAUUGGAAACUUUUCCUCUUCAGCCCCAGGGCAAGUGAAUGAGAAACUGCUGACAAUAUUGCUGGGGACCAUUCUGAGCGCCAUGUGUUUGAUGGGAGUUAUAGGCAAUGUCUACGUCCUGGUGGUGAUGAAUUUGUCCAUGAGGUUCACUGGCUCCAUGUACACCUACAUAGUAAACUUGGCUUUGGCCGACCUCCUCUACCUCACCACCAUCCCAUUUGUGGUGUGCACCUACUUUGCGAAGGACUGGUACUUUGGAGAACUUGGCUGUAGAUUCCUGCUCAGCUUGGACUUCCUGACUAUGCACGCCAGCAUCUUCAUAUUGACUGUCAUGAGCAUUGAGAGAUACUUAGCAGUGGUGAAACCCCUGACGACGUAUAGGAAAAACAACGGCUACAGGAGGGUCAUCAUUAGUGUGGUAUGGCUGGUUUCUAUUCUCCUUGCCCUUCCUACGAUGGUAAUGACCGAUCUCAGAGAAUUUGCCAAGAACGGGACAAUAAAACGCAUGUGCGGCUCCACAUGGCCAAAACAUACUUACAGAAUCUAUCUGACUGUGCUUUUUAAUACUUGUAUACUGACUCCAGGGAUAUUAAUUGGAUUCUUAUACAUAAAGUUAGCUCGUACUUACUGGACAUCCCAAAGCAGGAAGGAAGUGACAAAGGCACCAAAGCUGAAAAUCCUCUAUAUGAUUUUUGGGAUUGUCCUAAUAUAUGAUAUCUGUUACUUGCCUUUUUGGGUAUGGCAAUUGUUUCAUCUCUACAUUGAAUCUGCAACUAUUUCUCCCACCACAGUUGCCAUCGUUAAUUUGUUUGUGACAUGCCUGGCAUACUGCAACAGCUGCAUCAAUCCUUUCCUCUACACCUUACUGACAAAAAAUUACAAAGAGUAUCUGAGGAACCAAAAGGCAAAGUUCUCCAAAAGGAAAUGCCACAGGGUUUUGUCCCAAAGAUCAACGUCUUCUGGACAUCAUCCGUGCACAGAGAGUCUAUCGUACACUUAAAACCAGCUACAGAGGAGGCCUAUGCGUUAAGUAUCACUGAUACUGGCAACAGCAGCAUUACAGUCACACCAGAAUUGAAGAACUUCAUCCAAAACAGCAACAAAUCGGAGUUCAACGAGCAAGAUAUUUCUAUUGCAACAGAGGAAUAAUUAGCAUCUAUGAACCUCCUCUCCU